AUGCAAAACAUUGAAUUUUUCGAAGGUGACAAUGUGCAGCCACCGGAAACGGAAGGCUGGUUGUUGUUGAAGUCAGAUGGGAAAAAAUCGUGGAAGAAGCAUUUCUUUGUGCUUCGUUCAUCCGGCCUGUAUUACUGCGCCAAGGGUAAAAGUCGCAGUUCGAAGGAUCUUCAGUGCUUAAUGAAUAUGCAAACCAAUCAAGUGUAUACAUGCACUGACUGGAAGAAGAAAUACAAAGCACCGUCGAGUUACGGCUUCGCCAUUAAGCACCCAAAAAUACAAGUAAAAGCGUCGAAGUAUAUAAAGUAUGUGUGCACCGAAGAUGCGGCAACAUUUAACAAAUGGAUGGUCGCCCUAAGGAUUGCAAAGGUUAGCCAUUUCUCCUCUUUCUGGAUGUUGUAUGCUCGGCAUCAAAAAAUUAGCUAA